AUGGCGGCGGCAUUACUGACCCGGAUCGCAGGGGCCUCCCAGCUCCUCAGCUGGAGGCCGAAGUCCCUCCCCGACGGCGGGCCAAUCCACAAGGAGCCCGCCGGACAGUCGCCGGAGACCGGCGCCGCCGCCGCCGCCCUGCACAAGCGGAGGAGGGCGGCGCUGCUUCUCGCCGCCGCCGCCGCCGCCGUCCUCCCGCAGCUAAGCUCCCGCAGGGCCCUCGCCGGAGACGACCAAGACAACAACGGCAUGUGGCUCACCGGCCCUCUUCCCGUCCCCUCCGUCACCAACAGUGAGCCCCCCCUCUCCCUCUACCUCUUCCUCUCUCUACCCCGAAGCUUUCUCUCUCAUAGGCGGCGCUGGGUUGCAGAGAUUGCGAACGCGGCGACGGGGACCCGGUCGUUCCUGCGGAAGGGGAUAUACGCGGCGGAUGUCGGCGCCGCCGCCACCGCCUUCCGGGUAAAGCACUACGCCUUCGAUCUCCUGGCUCUGGAGGACAUGAUCGGAAAGGACACCUGGAACUACUUCAGCAAGUACCUCUGCCUCAAAGCCACCGUCAUGUACUACGACUUCGAUAAGCUCAUCUCCGCCGCCGCCGCCGGCGACCAGCAGCCCCUCACCGACCUCGCCUCCCAGCUCUUCGACAGCGUCGAGAAGGUCAACCGGCGACCCCCAUCUUCUUCCUCUUCUUCUUCUUCCUUCUUCUUACCGUCAUGGAAAAGAUCCUAAGAGGAGAUGUGGAUCGUCGCCAUGGCAGCUGGAGGACGCCGUGAAGAGGCGGAGCGCCGCCGAGACUCAGGCCUGCUACGCUGACACCAAGGUUGUUCUGCAGGAGGUGAUGGCGAGGAUGGCGUAG